UAAAGAGACGGGGAACCUAUUGCAAAAUGCGAGGACUUUCAAGUUCGUUGAUCCUGCAGGCCUUGUUGCUGGUCCUGAUGGUUCAUCUGAGCACCCAAACGCAGUACCUCAAUUCCACUGAGGACAUCUGUCGCCUUUUUAAGGAUGGAACCAAACUCCGAAAGCCCGGAACUUGCAAUGAAUGGAUUGAGUGCAAAGGCUUUGCCACUUCAGAAUCCGGAACCUGUGAUAGCCAAUAUUUUAAUCUUGCCAAUGGCGCAUGCAACAAGAAAUUGGACACCUCAUACUGCUCAACAUCGAGUAUAUGCACAUCGUCGACAAAGGGUUAUAUGGGCGAUACCUUAAAUUGCGCGAAUUGGUACCUCUGCGAUGGAAAAUUACUGAAGAGUCAAGGAGCUUGCACAUCAGGAAUGUACUUUGAUCAAGAGAAGCAGAUGUGUGUCUACCCCAGAGACACUGUUUGCACCGCCAAAUACGAGAUGUGCGACAUUGUGCCUGUGGGUGUGGCUUUCCGCGAUGAGGCGAACUGUAACAAGUACUUCACCUGCAGCUCGAAAUUCGCACUGGUGGACCACACCUGCGACACUGGCAAAUAUUUCGACGUGGCCACGGCUACUUGCGUCGAGAGCAAGCUCGUCGUCUGCGAUAACCACCCACUGCCGGAUGGCGCAUGUGGCAACAAGAAAUUGGCCGUGCGCAACAAGUUCGUUUCGGACGGGGCCACCUGCCGUGGUUACCUAUACUGCCGGGAUCUUGGGUCCGGAGUCCCCGAUCCCGACCCCAUUCGUCAGCAGUGCGGCGAGAACUACUUCUUCAACCAGGAGCGACAGGCGUGUAUGCCCAGCGAGAGCCAGAAGUGUGUACACGACCGAUGCGAUGGCCGCCAGGAUGGCUUCGUGGUGACCGAAACAGAAGGAUGCCACAAUUACGUCGAAUGCGUCGAUGGGCGGGAGGGUACAGUUUUCACCUGCGAUAAUGAUGAGUACUAUAAUGUUGCCACACAAAAAUGCACCGCAACUAAGACAUCCUAUGAAGCUUGUAGUGCUUAGUGGCCCGAAUGCAGGCGCCUUUUUGCUAAAAUAUGAUUAUUUACAAAAUACCAAAUGUUACUGUUUAUAAAGGAUCUGAUCGCCUUAAUUAAAGAUACAAAUUAAACGUAUGAGGCCAGGCUAAGUUUUGAUAACUGAAAACAGUCCGGGUAUUUCCAUUUUUCUUAAUGUGCACCUUUCGUUUUGAAGCAUUCGUACACAUACGCUCCGAGACAACAACCAUUUGAAUCUAGCCACACUAUAACUUAAAAU